ACCAGAAGUAGUACUUGGUUUUGGAACUUGGACUCAAAUACUCGAAAGUUUUUUGUAUUGUGCACACACUCCAAAGAAAACAGGUGGAAGUAA